AUGUCAGGAGUUAUUUACUGCUUGCCAGGCUCUCCAAGAAGCUCGAUUUUCCCCCAGUUGAUCAAGUACACCGGGCUUGACAUCGAGGUCAAAGACCCUUCUGCUGCGUGUUUUGCCGAAAACUUCCCGCUGAAAAAGUGUCCUGCAUACAGACAAAACGACGGCUUCAAACUCACCGAGACCCUCGCCAUCCUCAAAUACCUUGUGGACCAGGCACCUGAAAAAUACAACUGGUUCGGGAAAACCAAGCAGGACGAAGCCAAGGUCUGGCAGUGGCUGUCGUUCAUCAACAGCGACUAUGUGAACGCUCUGUGCGACUGGGCAUUGCCUGCCUUUGGCGUGCUUCCGUACGACAAGGAGAAGAUCGACAGAGGCGUCGCUAGUCUCGAAAAGCUCACGCCUCUGUUGGAAGACCAGCUACAGAAGACUAAGUAUCUUGUCGGCGACGAGGCCACUCUCGCCGAUAUCUACGCGAUCCAAUCGGUGAAAAUCAGCUACGGCAGUCUGUGGGAAGAGUCGUGGGUCAAGAAGCACCCAGGAAUCGCCAGAUGGGUCGAGCAGUUGAAGGAGGACCCGAUUGUUGGCGAGGAUUUGAAGAAUCUCAAGCCAGCUGCCAAGGCUGUUCUGGGACAGUAG